GGCGGGCGUACGGAGGGGCGGCCCGGCGAUGGCAGCGGUAUUGGGGCGAUGAGCGGGGAGGUUUCUCAGGCGGAGGGGAUAGGCUCCGGCGGCCCGGGGAUAGGUUUACCCGCCAUUAUGGAGCCGGAGUUGGAGCUACUGUCCGCAUCUCCGCGGUCGGUACCGGGGGGAGGCCUGUUCGGGUGGCUGCGCGGGCGCAGCCUGGGCCGCAGCGCCGCCGUGGACCCGGCGCGGGAUACCUUCCGCGCCAUGACCGGGUUAUACGGUUCCAUCCAGCCCGCCGACUCCGUGUACCUCAGUACCCGCACGCACGGCGCCGUCUUCAACCUCGAGUACUCACCCGACGGGUCAGUGUUGACUGUUGCUUGUGAACAGACGGAAGUACUGCUUUUUGACCCAAUAUCUUCAAAGCACAUCAAAACUCUCUCUGAAGCUCAUGAAGACUGUGUAAAUAAUAUCAGGGGCAGGACUCAUCACACUCUUCCCCUGCUCCAGCGUGGGGUCCCUCCCAUGGGAGACAGUCCUCCACGAACUUCUCCAAUGUGGGCCUCAUCCCACCGGGCUGCAGUUCUUAACGACUGCUCCAGCAUGGUCCUCAUCCUUCAGACGCCGCUCAAGUGCAAGUCCAGCGUGGGGUACAGUUCCUCCAGACAAAAACCUCAUGAUCACAGCCCGUGGGCUCUAUCUCACACGGGGCGGACAAGCUCUGCCAGGAGGACCUGCUUCCAGACGGGGGCUUCCAAGGGGGCCCGGCGGUACACAGCCUCCAUCUUGGGCAUACCCCCUGCUACGCCGAUCACCUACCGCCGUAACAAACACCAGAUUCCCAACUCGGGGCUCACCAGCCUGUGGCUCCUCGCCACCGCCAACCCACUGGAAGCACCGGAGCACUUCCCGAAGGAUGCGCAGCACGUUCGAGACUCGUGCAGCCGCCCGGGCAAACCCACCGGCCUGGAGACGCCAAGGAAGACCUCAGUGUUCCCCGUGAAGCUGGCAGGGCCGCCCAGCCGCGGUGCCAGACUGCCGGAGACCCUCGGGAGCGAUCGCAGCCCCUCCGGGGCACGGCACCAGGCGACCUGA